GCUUGUUUCGCUGUCAGAACGAGAGAAAGAAAAGCUUAGGGUUCGAUCUCGCUCACUCGCCAUGUCCGGAGAAGAAGAAGAGAACGCCGCCGAGCUCAAGAUCGGAGACGAGUUUUUGAAGGCGAAGUGUUUAAUGAACUGUGAAGUGUCUUUGAUCCUUGAGCACAAGUAUGAACAGCUUCAGCUGGUCUCCGAGGAUCCUAUGAACCAAGUCUCUCAAGUGUUUGAGAAGUCGUUGCAGUAUGUGAAGCGUUUUAGCCGCUACAAGAAUCCAGAUGCUGUUAGACAAGUUCGAGAGUAUCCUCUUUCUCAAUUAGUUGUUUCUUAGUAUUCAACCCAUGU